AUGGCUAUGCCCCAGUUAAGCACAGCCGAUCAGGCAAAAUUACAAUUAAUGCAAGAAAUGGAAAUUGAAAUGAUGUCAGAUUUAUAUAAUCGCAUGGCGAAUGCGUGCCAUAAGAAAUGUAUACCACCGCGCUAUAGCGAAGCGGAUUUGGGUAAAGGUGAGAUGGUUUGCAUUGAUCGUUGCGUAGCAAAAUAUUUGGAUAUUCAUGAAAAAAUUGGAAAAAAACUUACCGCCAUGUCAAUGCAGGAUGAAGAAUUAAUGAAAAAAAUGUCUAAUUAGGUUUUUAUUGUUUUACUUAAAUUUAAAGAAAAAAAAA